AUGCGAAUUAGGGGCUUCGACGUGCACAGGGUAAUGGUUGAUGGGGGAAGUGGGGCUGAAAUCAUGUACCUAGAUCUAUUUAGAGGACUGGGGCUAAAGGAGAAAGACCUGGAGAGUUACAAAGCCCCACUCAUGGGAUUCGACGGGAAAAUGGUUAUCCCAAAAGGAAGAAUCAAGCUACCGGUCCAAGUAGAGAAAGAGGAGAUGUUAGUGGACUUCAUUGUGGUGGAUGCGUAUUCACCAUACACAGCUAUUCUAACUUGGCCAUGGCUACACACUUUCAGAGCCAUAUCAUCCACUCUGCACCAAAAGGUGAAAUUCCUUACUGAAGGUCGGAUCGAAGAAAUACGAGGAUACCAAGUCUUGGCGAGACAAUGUCUCAUCGCAACAAUCAACCAUCAAACCCCUCCGGAAGGAAUGGACGAGGCGCCACCAAAGUUAUAG